AUGCAUACCAAAGCCCCGAAGAAUGCCCUGACAACGAAAGCAAUCAUUCAGAAAAUGACAGUGAAGACGGUGACACUCGACCUUUCCGAGAUACAGAUCAAGACCCAAGCUCCGGAACCGAAGAAGAUAGUGGUGACUAUCUUUGUGGAGACGACGCUUCUCAAGAUUUACACCAUCUGUGUCUGUGUUGAUGCACCGGCGAGGGCAGCAGUUGGAAACCAAGUUCAGUUCAACGGCUUUUUUGGCUGCCCGUGGUGCCUGGCUUGUGGAGAAAGCCAAGAGGGGCGCCUAAUAUACUUGAAUGCAGAACCUGAUGUGGAGAGGACGUCAGCAGGCAUCCGAAGAGACAUGACCCUGGCAUCUAGACUAAAGACCCCAGUCAAUGGCUUGAAAGGGGUGUCACCACUGGUGAAACUCCCACAUUUCGACCUUGUGUGGGGCUAUACAGUGGAGUAUAUGCAUAGUGUUCUGCUGGGCGUAACAAGGCAGUUUGCUGAGUAUUGGUUCGACUCGUCAAACAGCAAUGAGCCAUACUACAUGGGACGUCCAAGCACAUUGAGGGUGAUCAACAAACGCCUGCUGAACAUUCGUCCUCCACAUCAUUUCACCCGGCUGCCUCGCACGCUACGAGAGAGGUGCUAUUGGAAGGCGCACGAGUGGCGAAACUGGCUGCUAUUUUACUGUUUACCAUGCUGCUACCCUGUGCUACUGCCAAGAUAUUUCCGCCACUUCGCCCUCCUGUCUGAGGCAAUUUUUCUCUUGCUUUUGCAAGAGCUGUCAUCUGACCACAUUGAUCGUGCAGGACGGCUUCUGACAUCCUUUGUAUCCCAGGCAGCCGGGCUCUAUGGACAGCGAUGUAUGAGCUUUAAUGUGCAUCAGCUUCUCCACCUGGCUGAUGCUGCGAGACAGUUUGGUCCUUUGUGGGCCCAUUCUGCUUUCGCAUUCGAAAACAGUAAUGGUUACCUUUUAAAACUUGUUAGUGCUGCAAAAGCUGUGCCUGCGCAGGUGCUGGAAAGAGUAGUGAUGGCACAAGAGCUCCAGUUAUUGCUUGCAGGGCUUCCAUUGCCAUCAAAAGUGCUCAGUUUUUGUAGUAACAUGCUCGGUAACCCAAUCACUGAGCAUGCACGGCACAUUGGAGCUGCAUGGUUGUUUGGAACACCGAAACAAGUUCCUUCUCUCAGUCAUCAGGAGUCUUCUUGCUUGCAGACAUGGUGUGGACAAGUUCCAAUCGUUCAAGAACAUUUCAGAUUUUCUAUUUUGGGCACAAUCUUUCACAGUGAAUCGUACAAAGCUGGAAAGAAAAACAGCUCUGUGUUCGAGAGCAAAACUGGAGGCUUUUAUUCUAUUAAAAGAAUAUUUGAGGUGACAGAUCCAACUUGUGCUUUAAAUGGUGGGACUGUCCUUCUUUGCACAAGGAUAGUUGCUGGCAACAACGUUGCAGGACUCCCGCCACACAUUUCCGACUGUUUUUUUUCUUUAGUGUAUUCGCUCCUCCCUCUAACUAUGAACGACAUUGGCAAAGCAUGUGUUCUGGUCUCUUUGAAUGACAAAGAAGACUACAUUUGUGCAGUUCCUAACAUGGUGGAACGUGACUAAGGUUACAUUAAUUUCACAGGCAGACACAGAAGUGGUAAAGAAAUACAUUUCAAAACCACGAUAUGAUUAUGAGGGAUGCUGUAAUGGAAGGCUUUAAAAGUUUUGACUCUUCGGUGUACUUCAAUGUGCACCUUAAUCCAAGCAAGUGGUUCAGUAGUUUUUGCCUUUAUCAAAAUGCAGCCGCCGUGGGCAGCAUAUGAUCCCGUGACCUCUUGGUCUGCAGUCGAGCAUCAUAACUACCAAACCUCUGUGGCAGAUGAGAAACAUAUCCAGUUAAGGCAGGUACACAUUGCUGCGAACCACACAAGUAACUGAAUGAGCUGCUUUUGAUAUGGCAGGUUCGUUCUUGUCAUGAAUGGUAGUAUGUGAACUCAUAGAUUACUUUUAUUUGUCUCUAUAUGAGCAUGUUGUGGCCAAAAACGUUGAACAGCAGCUCGAACAACAUCGUACAUUGAGGCGUUCCAUAUGGCCUGGCGUAAAAGUGAGUGUGUUGCUCCAAACACAGUAGUCACUUCGUGGUCUUGCGAAAGGUCCUGAAAGUAAUCUAAGAUAGAUUUGUCCACCCAUGCUUGUAGGAAGUUCCGGAUGGCUGAGUAAAAGUUAGUCGUGCCUAGCUGGCACGUGCAAGCUGCAGUGAACUUUCAGUAAACGAACAUCUGUAUAACAUGGAACUCAAAAUUUUUUUGAUUUCUUGAUCAAUGUUCAUGAAACUUGGUCAGUUUAUGUAUAUUUGUGUGCUUACUUCAAAUAUGUAAUUAUUUUCUUUUGUAAAGUGUACUUUUUAAAAAUACAGAAUAUUUUGUUUGCCUUUCAAGGAGGCAGUUUUCUUUCUGAACAAGAGUUUCUGAACAAAGAGAGGUGGAGUGUAGUGUCGGGCAGCAGCAGCAUAGCUCAUGGCUUGGGGUUGCGGUUGCGAUGUCUCAGCGAUAUUUAUUGAGAGCCGGAUUUUCUGUCUGACAAUGUCUGCGAUCGAUGAAACUUGUGGCUGGCAUGACAGAAACAUUCAGCGAAGUUCUUCCCGCACUACGGCCAUAAUGGUCUUUCGAGCCUUGUUUUGUAGAGGUUCGUACUCUGGUGGUAAACAUUGCUGCCUGCGGCUUGUUCGCUGCUUGUGGCCAGCGUGGGUGUCUUCACCGCGACGUGGAAUGGGUUGACGGCUUGACGGGGGAGUCUAGCACAUGAAAGAAGCAGCACCUCCACCAGAUGUCACGGGGGCGUGACGGGGACAAUGGGAGCAGACUGUGAUUGCGAGAUGAAACUGUUUAUUCGGCUGAACUUGUGGCCCAUAAACUGAAGGUCAGAUUACAGCGAUUCCCACUGGCUCUGAUAGCAGUAAACAGAAAGUUGGCCGUUGAUUAACUGGCAAGUGGUGAGGUGCAUCAGUGUUUAUACAUUUGCCAUCGACUAUUCUAGCAUUCUCGUUAGCAGUUACCUAGGUUCCAGAAUAUUCUGCAAUGUUCCAGAAGUGGGCGUAAUCUUGACAAAGUGAUCUACUGCAGUCUUGAAGCUUCUUGAACAUCGCAGGUGCUGUUUGUGCUGAGAAUCACUGGCAGUAAAGUAGUGCAAUAACAAAACUUGAGAAAAGAAUAUGGCAAUACAAAACAAAUUAACAGGUGAUGUAGUUCUGUAAUUUGCUCAACAAACUUUUGGAAAAGCAGUAUGUAGAGUAGUUCGAGGUUUCAACUAUCAGUGGAACAAAAUUUUUUAAAGCAGUUCAAGUGUGACCGGUAAGGAACAGUCCAUAUGCAAUGUCAGGUUGUACAUACACUGGAAUAUAUGAAAGAGAGAGGUUCCUGAAUGUGAUUAUAAGUGUGAAUGAUCCUGCACAGCAUAACGAUUCGUUGUUGUAAGCACCCACAUUUCAAUGUCUGCAAUAAUAAAACAUAAGCAUGCAAUGAAGCUGAAAAAAUGUGAAUGUAACAAGUGUAAAUGACUCUUAUUGCUUUUUUAUGAACUUAUUUCAUGGUAUUUAUGCAAUUGUGUCAUACUGUGAGGUGGCUGAACAGUUGAAGUGUAUUUCAGUAUCGGGCAAACCAAUGAUUUGUAAACAGCUGACUUUCAUUUUUUGUUGCAUUUUAAAAUCUUCAUUUAAGGUAAUCAUUUUGAUGGCCUUGUUAUUUGUGCUUUUGUAUAUUACAGCAUUGUAACUGCAACUAUUGUCUUGGCAGUGUUGUGUGUAUGAACAAAUAAAUAAAUUACAUGAUGGCUCUGCAUUCCAUUGCUGUGGAAUGUGGAUAUAUGCCUGUAUGUAAUUGAAGCCAUGCAUCAUUUUGUAGUAAGCCGCAGAAAACCUCAAUAGCCGCAGCUUUUUUUCUAGCCUUGCAUUGUGGCAAUGUUUGUUUUUGGAGGUUUCCUGUAGUAGCUGUACUGAGUGUCAAUGUUUAUUUUUGAGGCUUUAUGUACUAGUUGUACUGAGUGGGGAGUAUGUUGCACCAAUAGUACAAAGCUAUCUUAAUAUUUUCUUGCCUUGCAUUGUAUUAAUUUCGAGAUUUUAUGUAUUAACUGUACUGGAGUAGAAGCAUGUCCUCUGAAUCUGACUCGUACAGAAUUGACCAGUUCAUAUGUAAAAAUAAAGAAACAUGUUUUUCAUC